GCGCCCGGCUGCGCACAAAAGCCCUUUGACGGGCCAGCCCCGGCUGCCGCGCCUGACCCCUGACCUGGGCCUGAGGAGCACAGAAGUUCACCCAUUCUGCUGUGUAGAGAAUGAAUUGGGUAAUGACAUGAGUACCAAGAGGACAACCAGUUGGGACACUAUUAUAGUAAAUCAGGACAGACCAUGAAGCUGAAGGAACUUGAGCGGCCAGCUGUCCAAGCAUGGAGCCCAGCCAGCCAGUACCCUGUGUAUCUGGCCACAGGAACAUCUGCCCAGCAGCUAGAUGCCUCCUUUAGCACAAAUGGCACAUUGGAAAUCUUUGAGGUUGAUUUCAGGGACCCUUCUCUGGACUUGAAAUGCAAGGGAGUCCUUUCUGCCUCAAGCAGGUUUCACAAGCUGAUCUGGGGGAGCUUUGGCAAUGGGCUUCUGGAAGGCUCCGGGGUUAUUGCAGGCGGCGGGGACAAUGGCAUGCUUACUCUAUACAAUGUGACCCACAUCCUGUCUUCGGGGAAGGAGCCUGUGAUUGUUCAGAGACAGAAGCACAUGGGGGCUGUCAGAGCCCUCGACUUUAAUCCUUUCCAGGGCAACCUCCUGGCCUCAGGGGCCAGUAACUCUGAAAUCUUCAUUUGGGAUUUGAAUAAUCUAAGUGUGCCAAUGACUCCAGGAUCCAAGUCACAGCAGCCCCCAGAGGACAUCAAGGCACUCUCUUGGAACCGGCAAGUCCAAUACAUUCUGUCUUCUGCUCACCCCAGUGGCAAGGCUGUUGUGUGGGAUCUCAGGAAGAAUGAGCCUAUCAUCAAAGUCAGUGAUCACAGCAACAGGAUGCACUGCUCAGGCCUGGCCUGGCACCCAGACAUAGCCACCCAGUUGGUACUGUGCUCAGAAGAUGAUUGUCUCCCGGUGAUUCAAUUGUGGGACUUGCGCUUUGCCUCGUCACCCCUGAAGGUGCUAGAGAGCCACAGCAGGGGGAUCUUGUCAGUGUCUUGGAGCCAGGCUGAUGCUGAACUGCUGCUCAGUAGUGCCAAGGACAACCAGGUCUUGUGCUGGAACCUGGGGAGCAGUGAGGUGGUAUAUAAACUACCCACACAGAGCAGCUGGUGCUUUGAUGUGCAGUGGUGCCCUCGGGACCCUCCAGUGUUCUCUGCUGCCUCCUUUGAUGGCUGGAUCAGUUUGUACUCUGUGAUGGGUAGGAGCUGGGAAGUCCAGCACAUGAGACAGGCUGACAAGAUCUCCUCUUCCUUCAGCAAAGGCCAGCCUCUCCCACCAUUGCAGGUACCAGAGCAGGUGGCCCAAGCAUCAUUGAUACCUCCCCUGAAAAAACCCCCCAAAUGGAUUAGAAGACCUGCAGGCGUUUCAUUUGCCUUUGGAGGUAAGCUGGUUACCUUUGGCCUCCGCAGCUCCCCUGCCCAUCAUGUGCCACAGCCUUGCCCCCGCCUAGUCUUCAUCAGUCAAGUCACCACAGAAUCCGAAUUGCUGAUGUGGUCAACUGAGCUGCAGAAGGCCCUGGAAUCUGGAAAUCUCCUGAGUUAUUGUCAGAACAAGAGCCAGCAAGCUUCUCUGCAAAGUGAAAAGAUGCUGUGGCAGUUCCUAAAGGUGACCUUAGAGCAAGACUCCAGAAUGAAAUUCCUAAAGCUUUUAGGAUACAGUAAAGAUGAGCUUCAGAAGAAGGUGGCCACAUGGUUGAAGAGUGACUUGGGGCUACGUGAGAGCCCUCAGCCCAAGGGAAAUGACCUCAACAGUAACACACAACAGGCCUUCUGCAGCCAGGCCUCCAAACACACCACAGAGGAAGCCUCUGCUUUCUCAACCUUCUUUGAUGAGCUGGUCCCUCAAAACAUGACUCCAUGGGAGAUCCCCAUCACAGAAGAUGCUGAUGGACUCCUGAGCCAGGCUCUCCUGCUUGGGGAAUUGGGCCCUGCUGUGGAGCUGUGUCUACAGAAAGAGCACUUUGCUGAUGCUAUCAUCCUCGCCCAGGCUGUGGGCACAGGUCUGCUGAAGCAAACACAGGAGCGCUACUUGGCCAAGAAAAAAACAAAGAUCUCCUCGCUUCUAGCCUGGGUUGUGCAAAAGAAUUGGAAGGACAUGGUGUGUACCUGUAGCCUGAAGAACUGGAGAGAGGCACUGGCCUUGCUACUGACAUACUCAAGCCCAGAGAAAUUCCCUGAGCUCUGUGACAUACUGGGAACUCGCAUGGAGCAGGAGGGCAGCAGGGCACUAACCUCCGAAGCCAGACUCUGUUACGUGUGCUCAGGCAGUGUGGAGCGGCUGGUAGAGUGUGGGGCAAAAUGCCACCAGGCUUUGUCCCCCAUGGCUCUGCAGGACCUGAUGGAGAAGGUGAUAGUCCUUAACAGGAGCUUGGAGCUACUGCAGGGUCCUGAUGGGGUGAGCCCAGGCCCUGCCACAACCUACAGGGUCACUCAGUAUGUCAACCUCCUGGCAUCCCAGGGCAGCCUGGCUGCUGCCAUGAGCUUUCUACCCAGUGACUGUGCUCAGCUACAAGUUCAGCAGCUGAAAGAUCGGCUUUUUCACGCCCAAGGUUCUGCUGUCUUGGGCCAGCAGCCUCCCCCUUUCCCCUUCCCUCUGAUUGUUGUGGGAGCUACCCCUCACUCUAAAGAGACGUCAUCUCACAGACUGGGAUCCCAGCCUUCUCACCAGGUUCCAACUCCAAGGCCAAGGGUUUUCAUACCUCAGUCAUCCCUAGUGAUGCCCUUGACGCCUUCCCAUCCUAACCUUCAUCAGGGCUCCAGAAUGCAGAAUAUAAGUGACUACAGGGUACCUGGGCCCCAGGAAGUUCAGCCUUUGCCUUUGGGCCCUGGGAUGAGGCCUGCUUUAUCUCAGCUGCAACUAUUAGGAGGGCAAAGAGCUCAAGCUCCUAACCCUGUGGGAUUUCUUGGAACAUGGCCUCUUCCUGGCCCCUCUCCACCCAUGGCAUCCCUUGACAUCAUGCAGCCUGGCCCUACCUCCCUGCCUGAAACUUCUAGACUGCUCUCUCUGCUUCCUGUGAGACCACUAGGUCCCAGUCCCAUGAGCUCCCAGCCCCCAGGCCCUCCUGCCAUCUUCUCUGCUGCAUACCCUCCUGGAGGGCCAGGUGCUCCGUGCUCUAGCACCCUCACAGCCACUGGCUUCUUGAUUUCCCAUCCAGCACCUCAAGAUUCCUGGAAAGAUGCUCCAGCCCCCAGGAGAAACCUACAGAGGAAAAAGCUGCCAGAGACAUUUAUGCCCCCAGCACCAAUUACUGCUCCAAUUAUGAGCCUCAGCCCUGAACCACGAAGGAUCCUUCCCUCACAGCCCCCUCUCUCCAGUAUGAGUCAUGCUCCCCCAGGAGCCCCAGGAGGACUCAGCCUGCAGCAACUUCAGCAAUUGCCACCUGAGAAGAUGGAAAGGAAAGAGCUGCCCCCAGAGCAUCAGUCCUUGAAGACCAGCUUUGAGGCACUUCUCCAGCGCUGUUCCUUGUCUGCAACUGACUUAAAGACAAAAAGGAAGCUGGAUGAGGCAGCUCAGCGUCUAGAAUAUCUGUAUGAGAAGAUCUGUGAGGGGACACUCUCGCCUCAUGUCCUGGCUGGGCUCCACGAGAUUGCCCGGUGUGUGGAUGCAGGAAGCUUUGAGCAGGGCCUCACAGUGCACGCGCAGGUGGCAGGCUGCAGCAGCUUCAGCGAAGUGUCCAGCUUCAUGCCCAUCCUGAAGGCUAUCCUCACCAUCGCACACAAGCUGCAGAUCUAAACCAGCCAGCCUCUGUUGCCAGGAGGCCACUUCUGCUGUUACUUAACUCCUCCUUGCAGAAAAGGGGAAUUUUGGAACAGAUUCUAUUGUUUUUCCCAAUCCUCUUCCCUUGCUGGCAGGUAUGUGAUGCUGUAGGCUUAGCUCCAAACAAACCAGUUGAGUGCCUGCUUUUUCCCCUUUAUUCCUGGCCUUCUAGGAUCUACCCAAGACUCUCUCAGCCCCAGAGGCAGAGCACAAAGUCAGUUCUUCACUUUCUAUAACACUGUACUCUGACAGGACCUGGGGCAGGAUAUCUUCUCCCCCUGGGAUAUUCUGUUUCAUUGGCCUGUGACAUAGUGAACAGGAUCAUUAUUUCCAAGUCUACCUCUGCUGUAACCUACCUUGUGGAUCUUUUGUUUUUUCCCUUCUGUGGUUAUGAGCCUGACCUUACCUUCUCCCUGCCUCUGACUUCAUAUUUUCAGGUCCAUAUUUCUCUGUGGCCCAGGAGCUGGGGUAGAGUUGACUGCUGUUUACCCUUUGAACAAGUCAUAAAUGUGAGGGAUGGGUACUGAGCAGAACCAAGAGAGGAAACUUUGGCCCUUUUUAAACAAAACUUUUCAUGUGCCAGCAUUAUUAAGGGUGGGCUAGGUUAGGUGGAAGGUGAAAUGGGUGAACUGCCUUGCUGGAAGCUGUCUUAGGCUAUUAGAGAGGAGCAGUGGGACCAGAGGCUAUGAGGAAAGGCCCUUGACUCCACUUAUGUUUGAGCGCUGGCCCAAGGCCCUAGACUAUUCAUUCUGUGAUUAUAAGCCCAGUUCUGGAAUAGGAACCAUAUUAACGAAGGUUUCUUUUCCAGCACUGCUCCUCAAGGGCUGGGGCACUUCGCCCCCUCAGCCACCGCAUGUCUCAGGGCUACCUUCUCUGGUUGUAUUUUCAUUUGAUGCAUCACAUUUGAUUCACAGAUAUACUUAAUGGUGCAAUAAAGCCACUUUGAUUUGGUUUCCUCA